UUAGAUCAUUCAAUACCUGAUACAGCAACUCUAUGUAAAUCAGCUGGAGUAAUUGAAUAAUCUUGAUAGAAUACGUUUUGGUGUGUAGGUAAAAUGCGGUUAACUAAUAAAUUAUAUGCCCAGCAUUUAGGAUGGACUUUCAAGAAACAUUGGAUCGUACAAAGUAAAAGAACGCCACGUGAUACUGGUGCUGCAGCUGAGUUAAAAAAAAUUGGAGUCUCCGUUAAGGAUGUUGUUGAUUUACCAGAACAUGAAGCAUAUUGUAAUCAAGAAAAGUAUUUAAAAUAUAAUUUCAUAUUGCUUGUCUCAAAUAAAAUUAUAACUAAUCUUAGGUUGGAAGCAAUUAAUGGGGGAAAAACCUCGCUUCGGGAUGAUAAAACACAUCCCAAUUGGAAUUUAAAACCGUGCCAUACAUUUGGAAAUAGUAAUGUAUUACUUGAAGGUAUGAGUCAAGCACUAUUGCUUACUAAGUCUGUUGAGAUUCCUAGUUUACCAAAGUGCAUUCGGGAGUCCAUGGACGGUAUUCAAAUUAGUGGAUUGUUAGAGCGCAAAGUUAAAGAAGCUGUUAUGGCUUCACAUCUUUUCUCUGCUGAUCAAGUAAAACUGCCUAAGAGAAGGAAUCCAUUACGACCUGAAUACAAUUUACCUCGAGAUUACGGCAUUCCACAAAAACGUAGAGUCUCGAUAUUGAUAAACAAGCUUCUCUCAGAGUGCGAGAAAUUUGCAGGUCGGAAUAUAAAUUCACAACGCCGCUUACUUGACCAAGCAAACUUCAAAGUAACUGUACCGAAAAAUGAUGACUUAUUACUAUUUGAUGUCAAUGUACAAAAGAUUAUAACGGCAAGCCGACCUCUUGAUGCAAUUAAAGGCAAAUAUGAUUCUGAAUUACCAGAUUUGCAUCCUAUUAAGUAUACAAUAUCUAUGCCAAAGCAGCAUGUAUAUAUACCUGAAACAAUUUAUCCAUUUGGCGGCAACCUGAACGGCUGUAAUCCACAUACAAUAUUUGUAAAUUUUAACAACGAGGAAGUUAAAAAUAUUCAUGAUUUACAAAUAAACGUAUCACAAUUCCAAAGUCGUAAUUUGCUUAAAGCGUUUUCUGUAGCGGCAGCACGAGCUAAACAGCUAUAUGGGGAUUUAGCGUUCAAAAAUAUCUCUAGACCUAUUGUUGUUCAAAGUAUACAGACCGAUGGACGAACAUUCCACUUCGGCGUAUUUCAACUGAAUACCUUACGUCUUGAUAAUUUGGAAGGACCCAAAAAUUAUUGGUUUCACCAGAACAACGAAGACCUUUUUCAGCUAUGUGAAUAUGGUUCUGGCAAGCCGACUUUAGAGGGUUUUAAUAAGGAUGUUUUCCGAUAUAUUUGUGCUUUUUAUAGUAAUGCGUAAGCAUAUACAAGAGUAUGUCAAUAUGUGUAAACCUACUAUGGAACUCUGUCUUUUGAAUCAAAUGAUCAUUAUAUACCCUACAAAAAAUUUGGAGCAUGAAAAUCGUUUCAAGGACAGCAGUCACCAGUCGCUUUUAGGACUAUAAGACGCUAAUUUAGCUGCUGACGACUGCUUUCUAAAUUUAAUAAAAAAGGGGCAAAAGUGUAGAAAAAUAUGUCUUA